AAGCUGAGUAAUGAGGGGGAAACAGUGAGCAGACCCCCUGGACCAAACAUUCCUGCUACUGUCAUUAACUAUGAUGAGGAGUACAAAGUGUCCAAUUUUGAGCAGAGACUAAUGAGUGAGAUUGAGUUCCGUUUGGAGCGUACGCCGGUGGAGGAGUCGGACGAUGAGGUGCAGCACGAUGACGUCCCUACAGGAAGAUGUAUCGCACCCAUAUUUGACAAGAAACUGAAGAACUUCAGAGCCAUGGAAGGCGUGCCCGUCACUUUCUCCUGUAAAGUAGUAGGAAUCCCUUUUCCAAAGGUUUACUGGUUCAAGGAUGGCAAGCAGGUCCUGAGGAAGAACAUCCAUUACAGGAAGAUAAGAGAGGGGGAUGGAACCUGUGCUCUACAUAUAGAGUCCACGACCAAUGACGACGAUGGCAACUACACCGUCAUGGCAGCUAAUCCACAGGGACGUAUCAGCUGCUCGGGUCAUUUGAUAGUCCAAACGGGACCUCCCCGAAAGACACCCAUUCACUCUCAGAGGGUGCGAGCCCGCAUACAGGAAGUUGAAAGUGAACAAACGGAAGAGCGUUUUUUUCGGCCUCACUUCCUCCAGGCCCCGGGGGACAUGAUGGGUCAUGAGGGAAAACUGUGUAGACUAGACUGUAAGGUGAGUGGCCUCCCCAACCCAGAGCUGAUGUGGUUGGUCAGCGGAAGGCCAAUCUAUCCAGACCUUUACCACAAGAUGUUGGUGCGGGAGAAUGGCAUCCAUUCUCUGGUCAUUGAUCCUCUGACACAGAAUGACGCCGGCACAUACACGUGCAUUGCAAGCAACAAAGCAGGGCAGAGCUCCUUUAGUCUAGAGCUGAAUGUUGUGGAGAAAGAGAUGAAGCACCCUCCCCAGUUUGUGGAGAAGCUGCAAAACAUGGGUAUUCCUGAGGGGUCUCCAGUCAGGCUGGAGUGUCGGGUGGUGGGCAUGCCCCCUCCUGUCAUCUUCUGGAAGAAAGACAAUGACACCAUUCCUAAAACCAAGGACAGAACCAGCAUGACCCAGGAGGCAACAGGAUAUGUGUGUCUCCUUAUCCAUCCAACAACAAAGGACGAUGCUGGCUGGUACACAGUGUCAGCUAAAAACGAGGCUGGAAUUGUAUCCUGCACCUGCAGGCUUGAUAUCUAUGCACAGUGGCAUCAGAGCAUCCCUGCACCCAUGAAAAAGGCUGCGCGCACAGGCAGCCGCUAUGCAGCUCUGACGGGCCAGGGCCUCGACAUCAGGUCAGCUUUCCCCACGUCGGAGACCAACCCCAUCCUGUUCUCCAGCUCCCCUCCUGAGGUCAUGCUGGAGAGCGAGGAGCUGUGAAACGGCAGCAGGGUGACAGUCAGAGUUCUCCCGGGACACACUAAGGCUUCCCCGAGGUCCAGACAGUAAAGGGCUAAAAGGAGAAUGACGAUCUGAGCCGAUUGCCAUGUGAAUUGCGUGAUGCAUUUGAAGUGAAGAGUGGAAUGGCAAAGAGUUUUUGUG